ACUCUGCCCGAGAGGCUAAGGCUGCGAGCCCAGCCCGGAGCCCAAGCAGAACCCCAGCCACUCGGCGCUACUCUCGCCCUGCAGCCCCUCCGCCCAAUGAAACUGACCGCGAUGAUCAAGAAGAUGUGCCCGAGCAACUCGGAGCUGAGCAUACCGGCCAGGAAUUGCUCCCGCCUGGUCAUCCUCGGCUCGUCCAAGGUGGGCAAGACGGCCAUCGUGUCGCGCUUCCUCACGGGCCGCUUCGAGGACACCUACACGCCCACCGUGGAGGACUUCCACCGCAAGUUCUACGCCAUCCGCGGCGAGCUCUACCAGCUCGACAUCCUCGACACCUCCGGCCACCACCCGUUCCCCGCCACGCGGCGCCUCUCCAUCCUCACUGGAGACGUUUUCAUUCUGGUGUUCAGCUUGGACAACCGCGAAUCCUUCGAGGAGGCGCAGAGGCUCAAGCAGCAGAUCCUGGACACCAAGUCCUGCCUCAAGAACAAACCCAAGGGGCGGGUGGACGUGCCCCUGGUGCUUUGCGGCAACAAGGGCGACCGGGACCUCCACCGCGAGGUGGAGCCGGCCGAGGUCCGGCAGCUGCUGGGCGACGGCCCCCAGCGCUGCGCCUACUUCGAGGUCUCGGCCAAAAAGAACAGCAGCCUGGACCCCAUGUUCCGGGCGCUCUUCGCCAUGGCCGGGCUGCCCGGGGAGAUGAGCCCGGGCCUGCACCGCCGCGUGUCCGCGCAGCACUGCGAGGCGCUGCACCAGGCGCUGCGGGGCGGGAAGCCGCUGCGCGCCGGCGGCCCGGGGGGCGCCCUGGGCAUCGUGGCGCCCUUCGCGCGCCGGCCCAGCGUGCACAGCGACCUCCUGUGCGUGCGCGAGAAGGCGGGCGGCCAGGCCAAGGACAGGGAGCGCUGCGUGAUCAGCUAGGGCUCCCGCUUCCCGAGGCCGACAGCAGGACCGAAGGAAGACCCUGUCGUUUAAAAGUCAAAGCCAGGUCCGGGCCGGCCCUGAGCUUCAAGUGUCCCUGCGUCUUCCCUCCCCAGAGCCCGGCCCACCAACUGGGAGGUGAAAACGGAGGAGGGCUGGUCAUCUGCUUUGGAAGGAAAGCGAACUGGGUCACAGGUGGGACCCACCCCCACCCCACGUCUGAGCGCCCACUGGCACGCACCAACCCCUGCGCCCUGACUUGGUGGGCACAGGUCCAACAGAGGGUGAACUUGCCCGGUUUCUCAGAGACCCAAUAGUUGGGAAGGUGUGUGUGGAAGUGAAUCAGCCACCGCUGGGCUCCCAGAAGCCGUCCUGCCCGCCGCAGGGUAAGGGAGACCAGGGCAUUCACCUGUCUGCGAUUGGGCUGCCGUGGCAGCUGGAAAAAGCUUUUGCCCUGAAACUAAGGGGUCAGAUCAGCCAAGUGACUUGUUUACAUGUGUGUGUGAAACUGCACAAGGAAAAAACUUCGUGAACAUGAACAAAACCUUAUCCAGUGUUUAUACUGUGAGACCGUCUGUUAUUGUUACUGGUUAUUUUACUAUAAAAUAAUUUAAAAUGAAAA